AGUUUAACUCGCAUCGUUCUCACAUCGUAUCUUUCCCCGUAUCUUUCCCCGUAUAUACGACAAGUUUGGAAUAACCUCUUCGAUCUAAAAGAUUUUGAUAUUGCUUAUAUUGUAAAUAUUAUUAGAUUUUUUAUAUUUUUAAUAUUUAAGAACUUUUGAUCACAAAUAUUUACAAUAUAAACCAGAUUAAGAAGUGAGUGAAAUUUGUUGAAGAAUUCAUACAAAUUUUAAUUCGGAAGUAAGCUAAAAGAAACAAUGACUUCCAAAAUAACACCACCGAUAGAAAGAAUUCAACUUUUGGAUAAUAUCGAGAAAGAGGUGAUAAACUGUUUACAAAGUGCAGGACAAGCUAUAUUGGAACUGGGCAAAGAAAAAUCAAGUAUGAAACAAGUAGAACAAAAUACAACUCACUUUUUGAAGUCUCUAGGAAUUGUAGAAUCUAAAUUAAGUGAGCAAAUUAAUUACCUUACACAGGUUUCUACUGGUCAACCACAUGAAGGUUCUGGAUAUGCAAGCCAAAAAGUACUCCAAAUGGCAUGGCAUAGGUUAGAACAUGCACGAAGUAGAGUCAAUGAGCUAGAGCGUAUAAAAAAUAAAUUACGAUAAUGAGUUGUAUAACAUUUUUCAUGAUGUAUGUUAAAUUAUAUACUGGUAAAUCUUUUUAAUACAAAUUAUUUCAACAAAUUAAGUCUAUUUUUGUUAAAGAAAAAUUAUUCCAAUAAACUAGUUUGUAAUUACUCUUGUAAAACUGUUUUAUGAAUAAACUGUAUAACUUCAUAAUUCAUAAUA